CGGCGGAGAACUAGCUGGGUGGUGUUACUAGUCCAUCAGCACACAGAUGGAAAUGGGAUGGUGCAACUCAAAACAGAGGCAGCAGGACGUCUAUACGGUGCUGCACUGGAAUGUGAUAGAGGAGCUGCCAUGCAGGACGUUGAAUCACUAGGUGUCACAUUUCUCUGGAAAGUGGAUUUCGGGCAGUGUCGGUAUUUUAGUUCCAUGCCUGUGUCUGGGGCUUGCUGUCCCCACCAAGAGGGAGCCCUCUCGGAUACAGCUGUUGCAUGGGGAUUGUGCUUUGUUCCACCCUUCACGCACAAUUUCAUCUAGUCACAUCCUGAGCCAUCCCUUGAUCUUCAGAUGGUGAAAACGGUUGCAGCUCCAUGGACUGAGGAGCCAGGCCAAUGGACACCCAUGUGGUAACUCAAAAGUCCUAGUGAGUAGCUGGGACGGGUGUUGUGGUUCGUGCACACCCACACCAGGAGAUCUGCAGGGCAUCGGGGCCGUUCCCCGUCUCACUCUAAUCCCCACCUCUGUCUGUGCCCUUCCCUCUGCAGCCAUCACACCCCUUGCUGAAGACGGAAAUGCCCAACCGUACCACCGUGGCCGAGUUCCUUCUCCUGGGGUUCUCCGACGUGCGGGAGCUGCAGAUUUUGCACGUGGUGCUGUUUCUGGUGCUUUACCUGGCAGCCCUGAUGGGGAACCUUCUCAUCAUCACAGUCGUCGUCUUAGACCAUCAUCUUCACACCCCCAUGUACUUCUUCCUGGUCAACCUGUCCAUCCUGGACCUCGGUUCUCUUUCUGUCACCGUCCCCAAAUCCAUGGCCAACUCCCUUCUGGACACCAGGUCAAUUUCCUACCCUGCCUGUGUCACCCAAGUCUUUCUCUUUAUACUCUUCCUUGUAGCUGAUCUUGCCUUGCUCACUGUCAUGGCCUAUGACCGAUAUGUCGCCAUCUGCCACCCGCUGCACUACGAGAAAGUGAUGAACAGGGGAGCUUGUGUUAACAUGGCCGCCAGCGCCUGGCUUGCUGCUAUCGUCAACUCUGCCCUGCACACCGGGAACACCUUCAGCCUACCCUUCUGCCAGGCCAACGACAUCAACCAGUUCUUCUGCGAAAUCCCCCAGCUCCUCAAGCUGGCCUGCUCCGACUCCUACCGCAGUGAAAUUGGGCUUCUUGCCUUCAGUGCCUUUUUAGCUGUGAAUUGCUUUGCUUUUAUCCUUGUGUCGUAUGUUCAGAUCUUCAAAGCGGUCCUGAGAAUCCCCUCGGAGCAGGGCCGGCACAAAGCCUUCUCCACCUGCCUCCCCCACCUCACUGUGGUCUCUCUGUUAAUUUGCACGGGGUCCUUUGCCUACCUGAAAUCCACCUCCAGCUCAGCAACAAAGCUGGAUCUAGUGGUGGGUGUUCUCUAUGCCGUGGUGCCUCCCAUGGUGAAUCCGGUCAUCUACAGCCUGAGGAACAAGGAGAUCAAAGCUGCGCUGAAGAAACUGUGGAUUUAAUUCACCAAAAACUAAAAUGUCCGUCAUCGCUCCUUGACUGUGAUUUCAU